AUGGCGGCGUGGGGCGGCGCGUUCCGCGCAACGCGCGCGGCGUGGAAGAAGCGGAAGGGGCCGAUGCUGAUGCCGGGGCUGCUGGAGGCGCAGCUGCUCGCCGUGGCUCGGCAGCCCGAACGUGUGCUUCGGAACCGAGGCUUGGUGGAGAUCGGGCAGGUGUGCCUGCCGAACGCGCUGCAGCAGUCGAUUAAAGCCAUCGUUGCGGAAGAAAGCAUCCGCCUUUCCCGCCUUCCCUUCCCCCAACGCCUUCCGCAGUUCCGCAAUCCAGCCCCGCCCCCUGUUCUCCUCCCUCCCCGCAACGCUUCCGCCACCCCAGGCGCAACCAGUUCCGCGCACGUGCACCGCGACGUGCGCCGGCUGAUGUCCGCAUACGACGCGUUCUUCAGCGGGUGGCCGCAGCCAUCCGCGGAGCGCCUGGCGGACGACACGCGGGAGCCGCCGCUGAUGCGCGAAAUGGACGUGGGGCGCAUCCCCGACGCGCGGAUGGUGCGCCUGCUGCGCGGAUGGGAGAAGAACUCGUGGGGGAAGGGCGCGGAGGAGGGCGGGGAAGGGGACGCGCGGGAAGCGGCGGAGAGGGGGAAAGGGGGGGCGCGAGAUCGGGGGGAAGGGGGGAGGCGCGCGGUGGAGUAUGGGGAGACGGAGGCCCUGGCGUACGCGGCUGCGCGCAUGCCCUCCACCUAUGCCGCCGUCUUCCGCGCUCUCACUGAGGUGAAGAGGCGACUGCCCUCCCUCGCGCCCUCCUCCCUGCUGGACUUUGGAUCCGGGCCUGGCACCGUGAUGUGGGCAGCGAGUGAGGUAUGGGGCAGCACGGUGCAGAGGGCAGCAGCGGUGGAACCCGCUGAUGCCAUGUGGACCAUGGGGGAGCGGAUCAGAGCAGGUGAGGGCAGUGCAGCAAGUGCCAGCACUGCCUUGCCUUGCCUUGCCUUGCUCCCUGCUGUCUCCAACCACGCGCCUGCCUUCCCUGGUGGACCUUCGGCCUUCACCCCUGACCCUGCCUGCGCCACCCUUCCCUCCUUCCCCUCCCCAUCCCGGCCUCCCUACCCCUUCUAUUCCCUCUCUCCCCCUCUCCCCCCACCAGUGGCAGCGGCGGGUCCCAGGCCCCCGCGUGCGCUGCCUGAGGUGGAGCGAUACACCACCCUGCAGCACCUCUCAAGGGCGCGCUUCCCUCCCCAUCCCUCCUCUCCUCCCUUCCCCCCCCCACCAGUGGCAGCGGCGGGGCCCAGGCCACCGCGUGCACUACCCCCGGUGGAGCGGUACACCACCCUGCAGCACCUCUCAAGGGCGGCACGCGGUGCUGACCGGGUCUUUGACGUCGUGGUGGCGCACCUCUCACGCAAGGCACGCGGCGCGGACAGGGUGUGUGAUGUUGUGGUGGCGCAUCUCUCAAGGGAGGCACGCGGCGCAGACAGGAUGUUUGACGUCAUGGUGGCGGUGAGCGCAGGAGGGGGACAGGGGCGGCGAUGGGGAGCAGAUUGCAGUGAUUGGUGGGGAGAAGUGUCGUGUGGUUCUGGCCUGCAGUACCUCUCAAGGGAGGCAGGCAGGGCCGACAGGGUGUUUGACGUCAUGGUGGCGCUUGACCCUGCCCUCCCUCUCCCACCACACUCCCACCGCCCUCCCAUGCGGCAGGCAUAUGCACUGGGCGAGGUGGUAUCGGUGGAUGAGAGGCGAGCCAUCGUGGACCGCCUCUGGAGCCAUGCUCGCCAUGUCAUGGUGCUGGUGGAGACAGGCAACCCACGCGGGUAUGAGGCCAUAGCCAAGGCCAGGGCGCACAUACUGCACACGCAGAGAGCGGGACCCCCGUCCCCCCGUCGAGCAAUCUCGCCUUUCAUACCCCAGCUGAUCCUCUUCGCAUUGCCAAGGUAUGGUAGCGGUCCUGCCACCAUGUGCGCUGCUCUUGUGCUGCUCCUCGUGCCCCACAUCCAUCCACUUGGCCGUGCCACUUCACUCCCCCCUUGUCUCUCGCCCUGCAUUCUCUAUCAAUCCUUGCCUCAUGUGGGCACGCCCUUCACUAUCAUGCCUUUUGCUCACCCUCACCUCGCCACCCCUGUCGCUCCACCCCUGGCAGAGGGCAGCGGGGCAAGAGAUAACGGGCAGCACGGAGGAGGAGAAGUUCUCCUAUGUGGUGCUGCGCAGGGGACCUCGACCCCAGUGAGUGCGUGGGGCAAGGCGAGGCUCGAGUGGGUGGGUGGGGCGAGGCACUGUGACCUGGGUGAGUCACUGAGGGGACUCGUGAUGCCAAGCUCGUCUGAUUUGGCGCUGGCACUUCCAAGGCCUUCAAGGGGUAGCAUCUGCGUGUCUUGCGUCACUUCCCAUCCUCCCCUCUUCCCCUGGUUGUGGAGUGGCAGGGUGGUGGCGCCGCUGCAGCAGAUAGCCCAGUUCCGGAGGGAGGAGAAGGAGAGGCAGGCGAGGGAGGAGGCGGAGAAGGAAGCCAAGCGACUGGCCAAGAAGCAAGGUGAGGAGGGGAUGGGUUUAUUCGCUGAGCUGCUAAACGCUUUUGAAGGCAACUGUAUGCCCUCACUGUGCAAGUGCCAGGGCCUGUGGUGCCCACGCAGACAGCAAGGCCGAUGCCCCAUCCAUCAGGCCCAUCGUCAGCACACAUCCACCAUGUCAACCCGCACAUGCCUGCUGAUUGCCAUUCCCGAUCCGUCCUUCACUCCCCUCUCCCUUUCUCCUCUUCGGUGUGCCCCUGCGCUGCCUCCACCACCAGCCAAGUGGGGGCCGACGGUGCGGCUCAUUCCCCUGGACGAGGAGCCUGUGGGCGCACAGACGGGUGCGCUGCAGCAAGGGGAGGGGCUAGGGGCGGAGGGUGCAGUGGAUCCCGCAUUAGCCACUGACAACCCGCCACGUGGCGACCGCUUUGCGAAUUUGAGUCCCGAGUGGAGCCGCGUGAUUCGCGAGCCGAGGAGGCGGGGGCAGCACGUGAUAGUGGACGUGUGUGCUUCAGUGGACGGCAGGGGGCGGCGCGGUGAGCUGCAGCGCCUGCUCUUCUCCAAGGCUGCGGGGCGCGUGGAGUACCGGUUUGCACGCAAGGUGCGGUGGGGUGACCUGUGGCCCAGCACGGGAGAGGCACAGGAGGGCAAGGGCGAGGGCGAGAAUGAGGGCUCAGAUACAAGUACGAGCACAUAG